AAUCAAACUGGGUUUUAUGAAAAGAAACGAUCUUUUUGUGUUGGAUCUCGAAUUGGGUUUCUCGAAUCAAAUCCCCCAAUUUUUAGGGUUUAUAUCUGAUUGACUUCGAAAAAUCUGGGAUCAAAUUCUCCAAAUUCGCUUCGAUCUUCUUUAUUAUAUCUUUCCCCCAAUUUGUGAUUUGAUUUGAUUUUUCGUUCUUUUUUGUAUUUCACAGUUUUAAAAAACCUAUGGCGAACAUGAACUCUCUUCACCAGAUGAUCUUCCCAGACGAGAACGCUCCGAUUCAUCGCAAAAAGUCUGUUACUACUGCGGCUUCUGUGAAAUCUAAAGGAACUGUACUUGGUCAGAAGAAACCUGGUGGAGCUCGUAAGGCUCUGAAUGAUAUCACAAACAAGUCUGGGAUUCUUGCUAAAGCUUCUUCAAAGAAUAAUAAGCAAAUCGCUUCUGCUGCUUCUACUGCGAAAGAUGAGAUUGACAUAGCUGGGGAAAGGUUCUUACACGAUCACAGCAAAUGCAUCAAACAGCAGCAGAAUAUGUGGGAUGAUCACUUCUCUGCUGAUCUCAUUCUACUUAACCAUGGUUCAAGCAUCAAGGAGAAGCAUCUCAGUUAUGACAUGGAAAAGAUGGAUGCUAAGAACAAUCUGACUUACGACGAACCAGAAGAGAUUGCAUCUCCCAAGUUGACUGAUUGGCUUAAAAGCUCAACGCCAUGGCGCUCCCCAAUCAGACAUGGUUCUAUGAUGAUGCCUUCCACUCCUCUGGCUUGGAGGUUCGAUUCAACUGAGUUCACACUCACAGAAGACUCUGACCUCUUCUAAGUUUCAGUUUCUUUAAUGUCUUUUAAAAAUAUUCAUCCUUCAGAUGAAGUAGUAGUAGCGAUUAUCUUUUGUUCAGCUCAACAAUGUUUCAGCUCUUCAUAAAACUACUCUUUGUAACUGGUUUCAGGAAUUAAAGUUGGAAUCUUUUCAAGCA